UUAUGGCAAUAUUAUGAUGCACACAAGGUUUGCCACCUUUACAAAUAGUCUAUAUUUAACAUCAAUACCAAAUUCAGGUUAAUUCCAAAUUUUCCAACAAACCUCAAACACUUUCACUCUCUUUUCUUCAUAUGGCAUCAUCAUCUUUGAAAAUAUUGGAAGUUUGUCAAAUUUCGCCAGCCACCAAUCCAGCCGAGUCAUCCACCACCGAGUUCACUCUCCCUGUUACAUUUCUGGACACCCUCUGGUUCAAGUUCCCUCCCGUCGAACGUAUCUUCUUUUAUCAACUCUCCGAGUCCGAGUCAGCUCCUAUUUUCUUUAACUCGGUAAUCCUUCCCCACCUCAAACAAUCUCUCUCUCAAACUCUUAUUCACUUCCUCCCUCUCACUGGCCACCUCACUUGGUCACUAAGUUCUCCCAAACCCAUAAUUUCUUACACUCAAAAUGACUCAGUUUCAGUCACGGUCGCCGAGGCGGUAAACAUAGACUUUGAUAACCUCUCCGGAAAUGAUUUUCACAAGUGUACUGAGUCACAUCUUUGUAUACCCGAGUUACCAGUAUCUGAUACAAAAGCUUCAAUAAUAGCUUUGCAGAUAACCCUAUUUCCUAAGAAAGGAUUUUCCAUUGGAAUCAUCAACCAUCACGCAAUUCUCGACGGAAAAUCCACCACCAUGUUCAUGAAAGCUUGGGCUUUCAUCUCUAAAAACAGCAAAUUAGAGCCAAGAUCAUCACCAUAUCCCUUGCCGGAUAACCUAAAACCUUUUUUUAACAGAGAAGUGAUCAAAGACGUAGCUGAGCUAGAAAUGGUGUACUUGAACCAGUGGCUAGCGAUUUCCAAUAAAGAUUCAGAACCGGAGUCUAACCCACGUAGCUUGAAGGUAUGGAACAAGCCUGGAGCGGAAACAGACUUAGUUUACGCCAUAUUUGAGUUGACACGUGAAGAUAUAAAAAGAUUAAGAGAAACGGCUUCGUUUUAUUCAGAGAGGAUUAAAAGUACGUAUGUUUCAAGUUUUGUUCUAACGUGUGCUUACACAUUUGUUUGCAUGGUGAAGGCAAAAAAAGCGGAUCCGAACAGAAAGAUAUACUUCGUUUUCUCAGUUGAUCUAAGAACCCGUUUAGAUCCUCCGGUGCCGGAAAAUUACGUGGGAAACUGUGUUAGUUCAUAUGAUAUAGCUAUAGAAGCAAGGUCUUUGAUGGAGGAAAAUGGAGUGGCAGUCAUGGCGGAGAAGAUCAAUAGCAGGAUCAAAGGACUGGCUGAUAAGGGAGUUUUUGAAGGUGCAAGGGAUUUCAUACCGAGGAUGAUUGAUGUGGAACCGGGAACACAAGUUGUCGGAGUAGCUGGUUCGACCCGGUUUGGUGUAUAUGAGUCGGAUUUCGGGUGGGGAAGACCGAAAAAAGUUGAGACAACAUCGGUGGAUAGAACUGGAUCAAUUGCUUUGGCGGAGAGCAGGGAUGGAAAUGGAGGUGUUGAAAUUGGUAUUGCUUUUAUCAAACCUGAAAUGGAGGUUUUUGCUUCUCUGUUUGCAAACGGUAUUAAGGAUCUCUAUUAGGAAUUCUUAGAAUUUCAAUGCUGUGUGUUUUUAUUUUCUUCAAAACCUUGCAUUUUGUUUCUUCGAGAAAUAAAUUUUGAUCCGUUUGUGGAAGUGAAUUUAGAAUUUAAAA